AUGAAAGAACGCACGGAACGAAUAUUAUCGAGAUGUAAUGAGUAUAAACAAGGAAUAUGUGUGCAUUGGCACAACAGAUCUACACCAACAAUAAACAUAUUUAAACCAGAAUUUUUACAAAGAAUUUUUUCCAACACUAUAAAUAUUAAAAAAGGACCACUAUACGACAUGUUCAAACCCUGGAUGGGAAAUGGACUUCUCCUCUCUUCAGGAUCGCAAUGGAGUCACGACAGAAAACUUAUCGGACCAACAUUCUAUUUUAGCGAAUUAAUACAGUUUAUCGAGAUCUUCUCUGAAAAAUCGAAGAUAUUAACAAAGAUUCUCGAAAGAGAACUAGAAACAAAUCCUACAAAACCCAUCGAUGUUUAUCCGUUUUUGGCCAAUGCGUUUCUCGAUAUUAUAUGUGAAGCCGCAAUGGGUGUGAAUAUAUACGCUCAAGAGAGCGACAGCAAAUAUGUUCUACUAGCCAAAAAAGCUUCCGAGAUGGCUAUACAGCGAUUCUUUCGGCCGUGGUACACAUCGGACUUGUUGUAUUUUUUAACACCAACAGGAAAAGAAAAUAAAGCAGUGUUGAAUGGUCUGCAUGAAUUUUCGGAAUCAAUAAUAAGGAAACGAAAGAUUGAACGAUCGAAAACCGACUACGCCAAUCUGAAUAACACAGAUAAUGAUAAUACAAUCAAGCGGAAGAAGGUUUUUCUAGACGUGUUACUGGAUCAGAACGAGAAGGACGAUACCCCGUUAACCGAUGACGAAGUGAGAUCGCAGGUCGACACGUUUAUGUUCGCGGGUCUUGAUACAUCUACGAUAACAGCAACGUGGACGCUGUUUUGCUUGGGCAACAAUUCUGAACAGCAAGAAAAAGUUCACGAAGAACUGGAAAAAGUUUUCAAAACUAAAGACGCACCGAUAACCAUGGAGAAAGUGUCACAAUUGAACUAUCUCGAGAAUGUCAUAAAAGAAUCGCUCAGACUAUAUCCAAGUGUACCUUUCAUCUCCAGGAAAUUAAUAGAAGACUUAAAACUAGAUAACUAUGUGGUGCCAAAAGAUACAAUAGUCGAAAUACCAAUCGUAUUGGUACACCGAAAUCCAGAAAUUUGGCCGGAUCCUCUUAAGUUUGACCCAGAUCGAUUUCUUCCGGAGAACUCGAAAAACAGAAGUCAAUACGCCUACAUUCCGUUCGGUGCUGGACUGAGAAACUGUAUUGGUCAGAAAUUUGCGUUACUCGAACUAAAAGUUGUGCUUUCGUCUAUUCUCAGAAAGUGGAGAAUAAAAAGUGUCAAAACGCACAUUACAAAUAAGUGGUGUAUCACUUAUCAUCCAGGUGAAGAAGUACUUAUUCAUUUCACACCGAAAACUAAUUAG